AUGGCGUCUAUGAGCGGGGGUGUCGGUGCGGCGCACGAUGAUACGGUGGGCAUGUUUGCGUCGUACGGAAGCUAUGGCAGCAGCAGAAGCAGCAGGAGCGGCCGAAUCCCCAGCAGUGAUUUCACUGGCGACGUCGAUAUUAUAUCUACCAACAGCAGCACCGCCACCACCGUCAACAGCGGCGGCUUCAGCGCCUCUCACGACAGCGACUUCACCGGCUCAAAAUCCGGCCGCUUCCCCUCGGACCUGCCGCCGUUUUUUCCCAGCUACAGCAACAACUCCCGCAGCCCCAACCGCAGCCCCGCUCGCACGUCGUCCUCUCCCGUGCACCUCCCAGAUAACGUGCCGCGAUUUGGCGCCUUUUGCGGCGCAGCGACGGGCCAAUCGGGCGAGUUGCCGCGCCUGGGCGGGGGGGAUCAUUCCUCCCGCCCCUCCAGCGCGGGCGGGUCUCCCCUCGCCUCCCCCUCGCCCCAGCCGCCGCCGCGCUUAUCCGGGGAGUUAUUCCGCGAUCCUACCUUCAGCAAUGGCGCUAACGGCCCCUACCCGGCGGUGGCGGGUGCGACGGCGGCUUUUUAUCGCGAUCCGACUCUCAGCAUGGGGAACUGCAAUUCCGGUCCGUUGCCGCGAAUCUCGCGGGAUACGAGCCGCAACGGCUCGCCGUUCGGCGGUUCGCCGUUAGCAUCCGCGACGAACUCGCCGCGCAAUUUCUCGCGCAGCAACAGCGGGAGCGGCGCCGCCGGCGGCGCGAGGAUCGCGACAAAAGAGCCGACGUACAACUCCAAGGGCAUGUCUUUAAGCGCCGCGAUAAGCAUGUCGCACAAGGAGCAGGUGCAGCGAUGGGGCGUCAACCACGCGCUUCCCCAGCAGUGCGGCAGCAGUGGGAGCAGCGUUACUAGCCACGACGGUGGCGGCGGCGCCGGCGGCGCGACCAGCGGCCAUAUGUUCCCGCCUUCUUACCACCCCGACGCGCUAUACAGUCCUAUGCACGUUCACGGGGGGGGCGCUGAGGAUGGCGGUGCGGGCGCUCGUUCCGGUGCGUCGGCGAUCGCAAUGCGGUCGCUGCACGGCCGCCGCACGAGCAGCGGUAUGGUUCGAAUGACCGGCCUCGGCGGCGGCGGCGGGGGCGGAGGCGGCGGUUACGGCGGGUUCUCCACGCCGGGUUCCCCCGACAAUCUGCUCUUCCCCCCGCACAGCGCAUUGCCCCUCUCCGCGGGGACUUCCCCCGAUCACCCGCACUUUGGCGGCGCGGCGGCGGGUGGCGGAAUCGGGCGGAGCCACUUGGCGGGCGGGGUGGUCGCGCGCAGUCACUCGCUGCUGCGCACAUCCAACAACGGCGCUGGUCCCACGCGUUCAGAGAGCAAUGACGACCUGACGCUGCUGAUGGACGCGCGCGCGCGCAACAAGCUCGGCGCGCAGGGCGACUGGUCGCAGUCCGGAUCGCGCAGCCCCGACAGCCUCGCCUUCUCCGCCAGUGGCCGCAGCAACGGCAGCGGUUCCUUGCAAGCCUUAAUGGAUUUCCGUCCCUACAACGGCGCUGCUUCUGCUGGUGGGGCUGGCGGAAAUGCGGCUGGUGUUAAUGGUGCUGGUGGUAUGCAGAGGUUGGGAGGAGGGAAGGGCGCGUUCAGUGGUGCUCUGAGUAUGGACUUGGAGUCGGACCUGGCGGGCGUGUCACUGACUGAGUCCGACUGCGUGCCUGUGGGGGAGGUUCUGCACGCCAGCUGCGUGGGCAACACGGGUGCAGCAGCAGCAACAGCACGAGGUGGAGAGGGCACGGGGGAGGGAGAGGAUGAAGAGGAGCUGUCGCUGGUGCCAUGCCUCAACUGGGAAGCGGUGGAGGCGCUGUGUCUAGACAUGGAGCUGGACCGGCGCCACAUAGAGGCCAUCCAUAUCCUGCACACCGGCCCCCCCGCUCCUGCCUCGCAUGCCUCGCAGGCAGGUGCAGGGGCAGGGGCAGCAGCAUUGGCAGGGGCCGGUACAGGGGCAGUAGGAGGGGCUGUGCCUUGGUGCUCUGGCGUGGACCCCCCUGUUGUGUAUGCGCUGCAGUUUGCCGGGGCAGAUGAGUGGUAUUGGCCGGGCUGUGGGGGGCUGCUUGGAGGAACUGCCGCUGCAACGGUGGCCUGA